GAGCUCCUACUUCCUCUGCUUUGCCCUAACGAGAACUCAACUCAGCUUGUUACACUGCACAAAACCAAUGGGGAAAAAAGCAAGCAGGGGAGGAGAAGGAGAAAGAGGAGAAGAAGGCGAUAGCUCCAGUGGGAAAGAGGGUUUCAAUUUGUUGGGGAAGCCGAGAUUCAAAAAGUUGGAGAAUGGCCGCUACAAAUGCGUGGAAACAGGCCACGAGCUGCCGGCGCACGCCAGGGAAUCUUAUGCUCAAAGCAAGCACUGCCGAUUGGGUCUAAUCGAUGCUGCUCUUUCUAAAAAUAAACCUCCUCUCAACAUGUUCGACCAAGACCCUUUCAAUCGGUCAAAAUUGAUAUGUAAAUUAACAGGAGAUACAGUUAAUAAGUCUGAGGAGCACUUAUGGAAGCAUAUUAAUGGGAAACGGUUCCUCAAAAUGUUAGAGAAAAAGGAAACUGAAAAUGAAAUUGAAAACGGAGGGCUAGAAAAGCAAGGAGAAGAUGAAGCAGCUAAGAAGACAGAUAGCAAAGCUAAUCGUCGGGACAAGAAGAAAAACAAAAAGAAAGAAACAGAAGAUGCUAGCAAGAUUAUAUCAGAAAUAAGGGAUUCUUCUGGAAAGAACAGUGACUCGGAAGAAGACGCCGAAUUUUGGAUGCCCCCAGCUGGUGAACGUUGGGACAAUGAUGAUGGAGGUGAUCGAUGGGGAUCUGGUUCAGAAUCAGGACCAGAAGAUGAUGAUGCUAAUGUCGAAGAUGGAGGAAUUGAAGAGGAUCACCAUGAUGCUGGAGAGCUUUCUAAGCGGGCAAAACGCAUGUCCCUUGAGAUCGGACCCAGUAGCUUUGCCUCAAGGAAGAAGAAGAAGAAGACCAGUGCUACUGCUACAUGAUAUUUGUCCUCAGAAAAAGCAAUACAAAUUUUGUUUAUUUGCUAGGGUGUAGUUGCAAUACCGCUUGCAAACUUGCUUGCUUCAUUUUUGCAUCUUUAUUUUGCUCAUUGCAUGUUAUUGAAGGAAAACAUUUCUGCUAUUAAUGUAAGUUAUUGCUGUCUUUUUUAUAUU